AUGAGAGCGGGAUGGGGCACAGCUCGCAUACCUCUCUUGAAAAUGAAAUCGAUAUCAAAUUGGAUGCAGAAGCGCACCCUAGACCCAUCUCCGAAUGAAUCAGAACCAGUUUACAAAGCACUACGACAAGAUGAAGAUAACUCGAAAGAAGUUUCCGAAUUGACACCUGGAGUCCAAGUUGGUGAUGUCAAAGAUGAUCAAGCUAUUGCUGCUGCCACGAUCGAGGCCGACACCAAAGUUUCUAGCUCUUCCGACCAAACCUGCCAAACCGGGACCAAUAAGGGGGAGCCAACUGAAAGGCAUGAUGGCGGUCAGGAUCAGAAAUCACAGGAAACUCAAGUUGAUGUUGAAACCAAAGAAUUGACAGCAGAAUCAACGGAUGCCAUGAGUGAGGAUGAACCCAGAACUGCUGAAACGAAUGAUCCCACGACAGAAAUCCAACCGUACUCCAAUGAGAGGGAAAUUACCAAUGUUGAUGAUCCUGAGAGUGCUGGUCAGACACCGUGUCAAGUCGAGAAACCGAUUGAGCAUUCUGAGCAUGGCACUGGCACUAUGGACACUCAACCAGAACGUUCCAAAUCAGAUGUAGAAUCUGAACAUCAAGAAGUACGUGCUGAAGAACAUCACACAUCAUCGCGGCCGGAGACAAACGAAUCUGAACAGGAACCAGAGGUCUCUGCCGCAGGUGUGCGCGAUCUUCAGGAUGCUUUUGGAUGGCCUUCCUUUGUGUGCCGAGCCUAUGCACAGAAUCCUCACUUUCAUGCUCAGAAGGUGGGCCAUGAGGACGAUGACCCAGAUAGGCUGGAAUACCUUGCUGCUAGUCUCGGUAUGAACCAGAACGAAUUGAGUUCCAUCAAAAACCUGAUUGAACGGAUUGGCAUGUCAAGCAUCAGCACAGCCUAUUCGGGCAUUGAUGCACCGGGCACUUCCAUUUUGCAUUUGUUGGCUGGAGUUGAGAAUGAAUUCAAUUUGGAAACCUUCCAUCCAGAGCAUUUGUUUGCGGUGGAAUGGAACCAAUCAUGUCAGAAUGAACUGAGCAUCCACCCUGCGAAAGCGCAAUGUAUCUUCACAGAUAUUGCAGACUUCUUGCACCCAUCAUUGCGGGCUCAACUUCCGUCAUUGCAAGCAAAAGACGAGUUGAACACGGUUCUUAUGCCUUUGGUUCGUGAUGCACCGAAAAAAUCCAUUCUCAAGAGAGCCCAGUGCACAGUCCAUGGUCGCGAAUGCUCCAUCGACGGCAAAGUUGCAUCGCUGCAUUGCGCAGGGACCACAUGUGUCGCAUUCAGCCCCAUUGGACAGCAACAAGGGGAACAUGCCAUGAGCCACGCUCACUUCAUCAUUUGGUGUGGGCAGAGAGCAAUCAUGGGUGAGCCUGUCGUAGUUCAAGAGAAUGUCAAGGAAUUCCCAAAGUCGGCUCUUCAGCUGUCUCUUCCCAUGCAUGAAUGGAAUGCAGCAAUCUUGGACCCUUCAUCGUUUGGCUGGCCAGUUCGUCGUGAACGACAGUUCAUGAUUGGACGACAUCGCGUCAAGACGCUUGGAUUCCGCUCUUUGCUCACUACUUUUACCUCUAUGAUGGCAAGGCCACUGGGACCUGAGACUUCUUGGGACAUUUUCUUCUGGCAGGACGAAGACUCAGACGAGUUGCUGUCUGAGCUGGAAUGGGCUUCUCAGAGACCUUGUAGCACUUGGAGUCAAACUGAGCAGGGCAACACCGUUCCUCCAUUGGAUGAUGCUACAUCCUUUUUUUCAUCUUUGACUGAAUGUGAGCAAAAGUUUCUCAGUUGUUACGAAAUCAAAAUGCCCAAUGGCCUUUACUCACUCAAUCAGAACCCAGAAGUGACGAACAUGGGCACCAAUGGGAAGGUGAUGCCAACAUUGGUGUCUUCUGCAAGCAUUUGGUAUUCAUCGCGGCACUUGCGCUGGAUGACACCUGAAGAGGCUCUGACCGUGCAAGGAUUCCCGGUGCGCAGGGGUAUGUCCUUUCAUCACCAGUGCUGUUCAUUCGCAGUUCGUCACGAUGGUGGGGCUUCUCAUCUUCGACCACCAUCGCGUCAAAACAUCUUCAAGAUGGCAGGCAACAGCAUGCAUGUCAACGUCAUUGGCAUUGUCAUGAUCUAUGGGUUGACUCAAAUUUCAAUCCAUCAAAGUUUGCUUGACAUGCUGAAAGAAGCAUGGGUUCGCCGCAAAGACCCACGCCGUUUGAGGGACAUUUCUCGGAAAUCAUGA